AUGGCCGUCAUCACCGCUCCUCGGCCGCAUCCGCUGGCUCCACUCUCGGCCGCCGAGCACACCCAGGCCCGCGAUGCCGUGGCGAAGCUUCACGGUCCCUCAGAGACCAUCUUUUUCAGAGCAAUUCACCUGCAAGAGCCCAAAAAGUCUGAGCUGCAGCCGUUCCUCGAGGCCGAGCACACGGGCAGCUUGACAGAAGACACCCCGCGACCUCCCAGAGAAGCCAUUGUCGAGCACGAUGUGAUUCGAGCGGAUCGCGCCGAGUACAUCAACGCCGUGGUGAACCUGGAGAACGGAAAGGUUUCUACAGUCUCCGCUCCCGUACCUCAUCAGCCAUAUUUUACUCCUGGCGAGUUUGAUCUAUUCAACGAUGACUGCAUAAACUCGGAUCUGUUCAAGGAGGCAAUGUCCGAGUUUACCCUUCCAGAAGGCUUCGAAGUCUGCGUUGAGCCAUGGCCCUAUGGCCCUCCCAAUGCCGACGAGGAGAACAUCCCGCGACUGAUGCAGGGACUGGUCUAUGCCAAGGACGCCCGCAACGGAAACCCAGACUCCAAUCACUAUGGCUAUCCCAUUCCCAUUGUCCCCAUCAUGGACUGGCACACCAAGAAGAUUGUCAAGGUUGAGAGGAUCGCAACUGGCGGUAUUGGCGAUGAAUUGGAGGCCAAGAUUCGAAGUGAUGAGCCCGUCAAGCUUUUUGAGAACCACAAGGGCUGCGAGUACGUUCCCGAGCUGCUCGACGUGCCUCUGCGGACGGAUUUGAAGCCCAUCAACAUCACCCAGCCAGAGGGCGCCUCCUUCACCGUCCACGACGAUGGUCUGAUUGAGUGGCAAAAGUGGCGAUUCCGCCUUGGAUUCACUCCUCGUGAGGGUGCCGUCUUACACGAUGUCCACUACGACAACCGCUCAGUCAUGUACCGCGUCAGCUUCAGCGAGAUGACGGUCCCUUACGCAGACCCUCGACCUCCUUUCCACCGCAAGCAGGCUUUUGACUUUGGCGAUGGUGGCAUGGGCCGCGCAGCCAACAACCUGGAGCUGGGAUGUGACUGUCUCGGCGCAAUUCACUACGUCGAUGCUCUCAUGACGGAGCCUGAUGGCUCGCCAUCUCCCGGCAAGGCCGUCGUCUGUCUUCAUGAGCAGGACAACGGCAUUCUGUGGAAACACACAAACUACCGCACCAGCCGCGCUGUCGUGACACGUAACCGCGAAUUUGUAGUCCAGUUCAUCACCACCCUGGCCAACUACGAGUACAUCCUCAUGUUCAAGCUGGAUCUCGCCGGCACCAUCACGCUCGAGACCCGCGCCACGGGCAUCGUCAGCGUCACCGGCAUCGACGAGGGCAAGACCAGCGCCUACGGCAACAUCAUGACCCCCGGCGUCAUGGCCCAGAACCACCAGCACGUCUUCGCCGUGCGCAUCGAUCCCGCCAUCGACUCCUACAACGCCGCCGACUCCCAAGUCAUCAUCGAAGAGUCGCACAGCCAAAAGGUCGACCCCAAGACGAACCCCUAUGGCAACUUUUACAAGGUCGAGCGCCAAAAGGUCGAGGAAGCCAGAUGGGUCGACGCCGAGCCGCGUAUCAACAGGCUGCUCAAAUUUGAAAACGCCAACAAGAGGAACCCCGUCUCGGGCAAGAAUCUCGGCUACAAGCUCGUCGCGCCGACGACGGCCAUGCUGCUCGCUGAGCCGGAGGCCCUGGCGGCGAAGCGUGCGCAGUUUGCACAUCACAAUGCCUGGGUGACUGGAUAUCGGGACGGCGAGCUUUGGGCGGCUGGCGAGUUUACAAACCAGAGCACGCAGGAAGUGGGCGGCGUGGCUGAUAUGGUCAAGCGAGGGGACUGGUUCACAGAUCGAGAGUCCAAUGGCACGAAUGGACAUACUGAAGAUGUGGGCAAGCGAAGCAGCCCUGUUGUAUGGAGCGUGUUUGGCUUGACACACAACGUCCGAGUAGAAGACUGGCCCGUCAUGCCAGUCGAAAUCUUCCAGCUUCACAUCCGCCCUACCGACUUCUUCACAGCCAACCCGGCGCUCGACGUCCCCGGCACCAGAAACAACGCCAGCGUCCUCCUCGGCGGAUCCUGCUGCACGUCGUCCGGCGACAAGAACAGCGCGGCCCUGGCGCAGAGCAAUCCGGUGACGCAUCUGCAGGGCAGCGCGCCGGGGGUUCCAGCAAAGGACGCUGGAGCCAAUGUCGAUGAGAAGCUGAGCAAGAGGCUGAGCAAGACGUUUAACGGCAUCUUUGGAGCGAAGAAGGAGGUUAAGGAGGUGAACUGA